AAAAUACCCUUAACUGUACUAAGCAAAAAGCUACAAUAUUGCAUUGAUUGCCGUUUAAUUUCCAUAGUGUAUCCAAAUAAUAAAGUUUAAGAGCUAAGACAUUAACUGUUCUUUAAUUGUUGUGUGGAAAGUGUUUAUAUACCUUAAAUUUAUAAUCGUUGUAGUAGCGCAAUUUCAACUACUAUAUACGUACGUGUUUGAAAUGGAUAGGGUUUCGACUCUGGCUGAGCCUCUGGUUCGUUUUUCUAAGGAUUCUGUACAUUUUAUUAAUCGAUGUACAAAACCAGAUCGUAAAGAAUUUAAAAAAAACGCUAUUGCUACUGCAAUCGGAUUUUUGGCCAUGGGCGUACUCGGAUUUAUUAUCAAAUUAAUUUUCGUCCCUAUUAACAGCAUCAUUGUUGGAAACUAACGAUAAUUCUUUCUUAAAAUGUAAUUUAUGGGCUGGCAUUUGUAAUCUACAAACACUGAACAUAAUAUACCAUUUUGUUUUAUUGAUUCGUCUUAAGUACUGCUCAGUUACCAUUAUCUACUGUUAUUAGUUUGAUCAAUACUUCUUAAUUUAUAGGCUGAGCAAUUUGUGUGAAUAAAGCACAUCUGAAAAUGAAACAGUGAUGUUUUACCAUCCUCGAAACCAUUUAUUUUUGGACAUAACAUUUGGAAAUCCCUUGGUGAACUCCUUGUAUUCUUGUCUGCCCCUUUAUUAUAAGUUGUGUUGGUGCUGCUUUAACGACUUUGGAAGAUCAAGUCGAAAAUGCUACUCAAUGUAAUCCCUACCCAGGCUGUGCUACUCUGUAACUCAGUUGCGAAGUAAUUUGUUGGCGUGACUGUACUGAAUUUCUCAGAUGUCCACAUCUUGUUUUGUGGAACAUAACUUGAAUGUUUAGUUUAAGCCGUCAGAAAUCUACGGAAUGACUUCACAGAUUAUAAAAGUCACGUCGAUUACCCCGCUUGGUCUAGUUUGUUUGAAUCCCAUUUUUUUAACAAUAUCGUUUAGGACAAACGUAAGUAAAAUGUUGCAUCGAAGUCUCUCGGCUCAAACACAGAUAUCUGGUUGUUCAGCAUGACUCGGUAAUGCACAGCAUAGAACAUCACGCGUCUGUUACUCGAUUGGUUUACUUCACUUUAAAUUUAAGAAGUAAAUUAAGCUAUAUGUAACGCAUGGAAAAGGAACAAAUAGCGUCAAUGAUGGUGAUAACUAAAGUUCGAUUAAGUAUUACGAAAUAGCUGGUGAAAUAGGGUAACGAAGGUUGGAACAUUGACAUCAAGAUGUAAAGAAUUCAAGUAUAGUCGUUUCUCUGACUACUUAAAUUCAUAUCAUCCAGUGUCGAGUUACUAAUUACUCAGACUCCAAAUAAAAGACGUUUCUCUAAUUAGUGGGUCACAAGCUAGAUAAACAUUUUAUUCAUAUACGUCGAGCUCUGCAGGUUCUUGGCGGUCGCCUAAUGGCAAUGUCUUUUGAUGCGGAACUAGGCAACCAAGUUCGAACUCCUCAGUGACCAGUCAACAUACUUUUUGUUCUUGUUUAUUUUAAAACAAACAUUGGUACAAUGAGGCACCAAACAGGUACGCUCUACACAAAUUAUUUGAUUUGUGUGGGGGUUGUCAUACUGCUCGUGUGCCCAAACCUAGGCAGGCGAUUUUCUUAGGGGACCACUCCUCUAAGUGGAUCUCGAAUCUCAGGGGCUGGUACUAUGUCAAAUCCGCAUAGGUUAUUCCAGCUUCCGAACAGACUAGUUUAUUCAUUCUUCCCGAGCCACAUCUUUUCUUUGUCACUUAUUCGCUUAUUAACUCUGGUUGUCUUUAUUUACGUGUGUGUUAAUUACUCACUCUAUUCAUUGUCUGUAACUUAUUUUUGCUUGAUUAUAAAUAUUGAUUCACGGUUGAUUAAAUGGAGUUGGCCCUUUGUCUCCAUCACUGCACGUUAUCAAGUUUCAUUUUGCUUCCUUCACUUCGUCUAAGUCUGUUCAGAUCAACGAUUCGGCAUCCGACAAUGGUGGUCUUUCUUGA